AUGUCAAUAGCUAUCAUUCAAGGAUCUUCCGGCUCACUCGGUUCAGCACUCACUCGAUACAUCCUGAAAAAUACAAACUUAUCAGUAUAUGCCCUAACCCAUCGACCGAAAUCUACGGAGGGAGAAUUAUCUUCUAAGCUCCUUGAAGGCGAUAACAAAGGUAAAGGGAAGGAGAGGCUGAUUGUUGUUGGGGAUGUGGAUAUACGUAAUGAAGAUGGUUUAGCCAGAGCGGCUGAGAUUGUAAGCGGCAGAGAAGGAGAGGGGAGGGUGAGGCUGAUAGCUUGUAUGGCAGGUGUGCUACAUACCGAAAAAUCCUUUUCGUCCAUCAACCCGUCACUCGCACUAGAACAAUUCCAGAUAAACACCUUAGGUCAUCUAUUGACUUACAAGCAUUUCGUCCCCCUCAUUCCCACUAAAAAGCAAUUCGAUAAAUUACGUUCGUCGUCAGAAUGGAAAGAUGGUGAAGGAGAUCCUGCUCAGGGGUUGAUAGGUGAAGGGAAUAGUCUGUGUUGGUCUAUGAGUGCUAGAGUGGGUAGUAUAGGAGAUAAUCAUCGUGGGGGAUGGUACUCUUACAGAGCCUCAAAAGCAGCUACGAACCAACUGAUCCGCACACUCGAUCACGAACUGAUUAACAAGAACUCCUCAGCCGUAGCGGUAGGCUAUCAUCCCGGAACAGUCAUCACGUCAUUUACGAAACCCGUCUUGGGUCAGAACAUCAAGCCGGAUCCCGAGCAUGGAAGGUUUGACAUUGAUCAGGCUAUUGAGAAGAUGACGGGUGUCAUGGAGCAGGUGAAGAGGGGAGUUGAGGGCAAGAAGUGGGAAGGGAGGUGUUGGGAUUGGAGGGGUGAUAGGAUUGAGUGGUGA